GUGAAACAAAGUAACCAAGUUGAUUGAGCCGUGGAACACGGCUGUGUGUUUGAGUUCCACAGCAAAGAAAUCGAUACUUUGUAACGUUGUUGCGUAGCGGACGUUACUCUCUAUAAAGACGUCCAUAGCGAAACCAGAAGACUGCAAGGAAACGCACGGCUGGUCCACACGGGCUGUUAUCCAUGUCUGCUGCGGUUGAGAUAAAGAGCAAGGAGGAGAAGGAUGCGGAGCUGGACAGACGGAUUGAAGCCCUCCGCAAGAAGAACGAGGCUCUGGUCAAGAGGUAUCAGGAAAUCGAGGAGGAUAAGAAGAAGGCAGAGGAUGAGGGUAUCGCCGUGGUGAUUCCCCGGACGACUCCCCGGAGGAACCGCCCUCACGAGCAAGACGAUUGGCCCAAGGGUGACAGGAACCGCCCUCACGAGCAAGACGAUUGGCCCAAGGGUGAGCGGGACUUCCCCAGGAACCGCCCUCACGAGCAAGACGACUGGCCCAAGGCUGAGAAGGACUUCACCAUCACCGUAGACCUCUCCAACCCUGGAUCGGAGAACCGCGUGGUCAACGACAGGAAGUCAGCAGGCCAGCAGCACGGCCCCCCAGAGGAAGGUGACGCUCAUCAGAGGCCAGAGAGGGGAGACGCACACCACCGACCUGAGAGGGGAGACGGCCACCACAGACCGCAGGGGCCCCGAGGAGGAGUGUGGACGCCCAGGGGAGGACGAGGAGGAGGGGGGCGAGAUGGAGGAGGAGGAGGGGGGAGAGAUGGUGGAGGAGGUCGAGAUGGUCCACGAGGAGAUCGGAGAGAAAGGGAGCCCAGACACGCUGAUCCCAACCUGGAGAGGUCACCAAGGGAUGAGGAGGGUGGAGAGAGGCCUGCUCGAGGGGGGCGUACACCACGCGGAGGAGGAGGCGGAAGGAGAGGCAGAGGGGGAGGCGGACGAGGAGGUGGUGAUGGUGGAGGAGGAGGAGAGGGUGGCUCGGACAGGAAAUCUAAGGAGUGGGAGGAGAAGAGGAGGCAGAACAUCGCCAAGAUGAACGAGGAGAUGGAGCAGAUCGCAGAGUACGAAAGAGGACAAAAGGCUGACGGUGAGAAGACCCCCUUCAGAAACUUCCUAGAUGACCCGCGUCGCAGUGGCCCCGUGCCCGACAUGGAUCGCAAAGAGGGCAGCCGCCGCCACGUCCGCAACUGGGGAGGCCUGGACUUCGACAGUGUCAAGACCGGAGCAGAGAGAGAAAGAGAGUGGAUGAGCCACCGGGGGUCAGGAGGAGGCCGAGGAGGCGGCUCGAUGGACAUGACUCUGUCCAUGACGGGCCGGGAGCGCGCCGAGUACCUGCGCUGGAAGAAGGAGAGGGAGCAGAUAGACGAGGAGCGUCUGGCACGCCACCGCAACGCCACCGGCCAGUGGAGACGAGAGUGGGACGCUGAGAAGACCGACACUAUGUUUAAGGAGGACCCAGAAGGUGGUGGUGGUGGUGGUGGUGGUGGUGGUGAUGGAGGUGACGGAGGUGACCUGACUCCAAGACAGGGCAACAGAAGAGGGGAUGACGGCAAACGAGCGCCCAGGCCACCAAAGUUCGGGGACUUCAUGGGCACCCCGUCUCCAAGGGACGGAGGCCGCGGGGGCAGAGGACAGAGGCGGAGCCGAGGCCAGGACAAGAACUACAGCAUGCAUGACAAUCGCUGGAAGACGGACGACGAUGAGGAGAAGGGGCAACAGGAGGAGAGUGAAUUCCCACCGCUUAGAAAAGAAGAAAAAACACCUAAAGAGGAACCAAAGAAGAAGAAACAGCAGGUGAAGGUGGUGGUGGAGAAGCCAGCCCCAGAGCCCACCUCCUCAGCAGCUGCUGCCGCAACACCACCCCCACCACCAGCAGCCACCACCGCAAGCGUAACCGUGACCCCUGCAGCGCCACCCACGACGAGAUCAUCAGAGCCCGGUGGCACGGAGGAGGAAGAGGAGGACGAAUGGGAGGACGCCAGCGACGGAGAUGGAGAUGAUGGUGAUGACGACGACGACGAUGGUUCCACGGACGACGGCGAAGAUGAGGAGGAGGAGGAGACCCCAGCGACUCCACGCCAGCCGCCAGCCACGUCCAGCCCCAAAGAGAAGCGCACGCCGCGGGUCCGCAUCCCUCCGCCAGAGGCCCAGGAGCAGGAGGCGUCUCCAGAGGGGGGUAAGCCGCUCAGCCCCUUCUCUCCUCUGGAUUUCCACCAGCCCGUCACUGACUGGGGCGAGGAGAUGGAGAUGCUCUCGCCCCGCGCCAGCCUGGAGGAGAGCCCCCUCAGGGGGGCCCAUGACACAGCCACUGCAGCCACCACAGCAGCCAACACAAGUAGCGGCAGCCUCAACCACAGCCUCAGCUCAGAGGCCACUAACACCAGUCAGGAGCUGAUCAAGGCACAGGACUCACCAGCACACACAGGUACAGAUGGCCCUGUGAAUGAAGAGGUGGUGGAGCAGCAGCCUGAAGUGUCGUUUGAAGCGUCACUCACGGAAUCAUUCACACAGAAGGAUGAGUCUACCACACCACCCAGGGAAGAAGAGGCUGCCACGGAGCCAGCCACGCAAGAACCCGAAGCUAAGGAAACGGAGCCAUCAUCCAGUGCUGAGGAUGGGGGGUCGCCCUCCACAACACCACAGAAAGAAGAGGAAGAAAAGCCAGCAACUGACGCGGCCUCAGGUUGACUUGGUAUCAAGAAAGAUGACACUGCUAAGGGACGUGAAGAAGAAAUCGGAUUGGUUCACAUGGACGUCAAUCAUGAGGGACAACAGUUGUGGACAAAUCAGGAGAGAGGUGAAAUGUUGUCAGUGAUGACUUGACCCCUCCUACUGUUACUACUAUUACUACCACAAGCUUGUCCACACAGGUGUUUGGGAAUGACUCAUCAUACAUGAAUUGCUGGAUUUUUACUAUCAGUACCAUUUUAAAAAAAAAUCAUGUGUUGCUUAAAUGUAAAUAUUGCAGAUUCUGCAUAAAGAUCAUGGUGUUACAGGAUCUUUUUAAUGUGUGCUCUGUAACUGAAGGGAUUAACUGGUUUAUGAUGUGAUGUUUAAUGUGUUCAUGUCAAAUGACAAUAUUACAAUAUUACAACAUUUAAUGUCUCCCAAAAACAAAUGGGACAUUACUAAGUGGUUUCCUCAGAACAAGGGUGUCUAAUAUUUUGUGCACAGCCCACAUUUCGAAUCAGAUUAUUUUCCUCUUCAGAUGCAACGAUGCAAAUAAUGAUCUUCUGUUUUAUACAGUAGGGCUAAGAACAUUGUUUACCUCAAACAGCAUGGGCAGGCUUUUAAAUGUGAACGAUCAUCGGGAAGAUUUUUAAAAUCUUGUUUUAGCCAUUUAUUUUAUAUAUGCAGUCUGCAUUCCUGUGUGUGUGUGUGUGUGUGUGUGUGUGUGUGUGUGUGUG